GCACGUACAGCUUCAGAAGCGUGAGCAUUAGUAUUACACUCUCUUUCAGUCAACGAGCCCCUCUUCUCUAUCAAUUACAGGCUGCCACUACUAUCAUCUUUCUUAGCAAAUCCCAGCAAUACAAGCAGAUUCAUGAUAUGAAUCCUUGUUCGAUUUUCAAUUCACUUCUAGUUUUUCAUCUCUCACUUUCUUCCUUUUGUGUCAUCCAUGGCACUCGGGACCAAAACUACGGAGAAGAGAUUCUAAACGCAGCCCAGAAAGACAAAAACUGGUUGGUCUCAAUAAGAAGGCAAAUCCAUGAAAACCCAGAACUCAGAUUCCAAGAGCACAACACCAGUGCUCUUCUACGCAGAGAGCUGGACCAACUUGGCAUCUCUUACUCGUACCCAAUUGCCAAAACUGGUAUUGUGGCCCAAAUUGGGUCCGGUUCUGCCCCAGUUGUUGCUCUUCGGGCUGACAUGGACGCCCUCCCUAUGCAAGAGCUUGUUGAUUGGGAGCACAAGAGUAAGAUUGAUGGGAAAAUGCACGGUUGUGGUCAUGAUGCUCACACCGCUAUGCUUCUAGGUGCUGCUAAGUUGCUUAGUCAACGAAAAGAGAAACUUCAGGGUACUGUUAGACUUAUUUUUCAACCUGCUGAGGAGGGAGGUGCUGGAGCAGCCGAGAUGAUAAAAGAGGGUGCUCUUGGUGAAGCGGAAGCAAUAUUUGGGAUGCACGUCGAUUAUAUGAUACCCACAGGAAGCAUAGCAUCCAUGGCAGGGCCACACUUGGCUGCUGUUAGCUUCUUUGAAGCAAAAAUAAUCGGUGAAGGUGGGCAUGCUGCAGCUCCCCAUAUCACUACUGACCCAAUACUCGCUGCCUCUUUUGCAAUUUCAGCAUUGCAGCAGCUCAUCUCAAGAGAAACUGAUCCCCUCCAAAGUCAAGUUCUGUCUGUCACUUAUGUUCGAGGAGGGACGGCAUCCAAUGUAAUUCCGGCCUAUGUUGAAUUUGGGGGCACAUUGAGGAGUCUUACAACGGAAGGCUUGUACCAACUCAUGAGGCGAUUGAAAGAGGUUAUUGAAGGGCAGGCAGCUGUGCAUAGAUGUAUUGCAUACGUUGACAUGAAAAGUGAAGAGUUUCCCCCAUACCCUGCUGUUUUCAAUGACGAAAGCUUGAAUUCGCAUGUAAAGAGGGUUGGAAAACUUGUGCUUGGUCCUGAGAAUGUGAAGGUCGGCAAAAAAGUGAUGGCAGGUGAAGACUUUGCUUUCUAUCAAGAAUCGAUUCCUGGAAUCAUGAUCGGCAUCGGAAUAAGAAAUGAGGAAGUGGGUUCAGUUUACUCACCGCACUCCCCUUACUUCUUUCUUGAUGAGGACGUCCUUCCCGUCGGGGCAGCAUUACAUACUGCCUUGGCUGAGAUUUACUUGAACGAGCACCAACAUUCCGCUCAGUGAAAAUUUCAGAGCAUAGUUCUAGAGAAAUCUUGAUGAUUCCUACUGCUUUAAUUGGGUGCUAUCUUAUGUAGUGCUCUGUAGGCAGGAAAAGGAAAUGUAAUUUUUUUUUGUUAAACAAACUAUAUAGAUAGAUAUGUUUUCGUUUAGUGGUAAA